ACAGAACCAUGAAUUCGCACGAUCUCGUUGACUGAAUCUUCUUGCUCUUCUACCGUCUCCUUUCAAGUUUGUAACUUUGUCCGCUCUUUUGCAGCUUGGCCCACUGCACUCUCUCUGGCCCGCCUCAACAUGGAGGACGGUCCCUGCUACUUCGGUCUCGACCGCGUCAGCGCUGAGGAUCCAGAGCAUUAUUACCGGGGCGGAUAUUGCCCUGUCGACAUUGGUGAUCACAUUGGCCGCUUCAAAAUCGUCCACAAACUGGGUCACGGCGGCUUCGCCACCGUUUGGCUCGCGCGCGAAAACAACAAACCUGGUCUUGUCGCUCUGAAAAUCGUCGCUGCAGAUUAUUCCCAGACUUAUGAGAAAUUGCCCGAGAUCGCAUCUCUUCUCCGGAGUUUUCCAACCCUCUUCGUGGCCGAACGUGAGCGCUUUUUUGUCGACAGUCCAAACGGCCAUCAUCUUUGCCAGGUGCUUCCGGUCUUGGGGCCGACUCUUGAGGCCUUGAUCGAUUCUCAUCACCGGCUCUAUCCAGAGUAUGUGCGGGACUUCGCGCGGCAAAUUACAUCUGCCGUUGAGGUUAUGCAUUCCUCCGGGUUGUGCCACGGAGGCAAAGAUAUGGGGGAUGUUCCCCCCAAGAGGCAGGAGAUCAAGCGACGAUCUGCAAGCAAACCAAAACAACCCGGACCUAGAGCACCGAAUUAUGCGGUUGAAGCCAUGGAUCUUACCCGACUGCCGUCUAAAUACCUCUCCAGCAAACUCUACAUUCUGGACUUCGACCAAGCGUAUUUAUCUCACAGCCCGCCACGCUCCCUUCUUGGUAUACCGCCAAGGUAUUUGGCGCCAGAAAGCAUCUUCGAAGUGAGGAACGGCCCGCCGGCAGAUAUUUGGGCGCUGGGAUGUCUUAUAUUCCGGAUGCGGUGCGGCGUAGAGCUGUUCGGGGAUCUCUUCGAGUCACCCAGCAAUACUAUUGCAAAAAUGUACGCCAUCUUGGGUGGGCAUUUCCCAACGCGCUGGAAACAGGUUCAGUUUGGUGACGACGGAUGGCCGGCCCACGAUGGACUGCAAGAGGGCGUGGGGCACCACAAUUUUUCUGGCAACUACAGCUUCUCUGAUCCGUCGCUCAGAGAGUACGUGAGCAGUGCUAUUGAUGUCAAAAGAAGCAAGACGGUCGGACACGACAUUGGGAUUGAGAAAUUCUGCAGAUAUCUGCCUAGGGACGCCUUCUGCCGUCGCGGUCAGUUGACGCAAGCGUGGACCGCUGCGAAUAGCACACAAAUCAGCCAAAAGGAAGCAGAUUCCUUCUACGGGUUGAUGCGUGGGUUGUUUGAAUAUAACUAUACUAAGCGGAUCACGGCGUCAGGUAUGUUAGGUCAUACGUGGUUCAGGGGAGGCUAG